CUUGAUGGUCAUGUACUGCAGUCCAUAAAAGACUCCUGCAAUCCAAAAGCACACUAAAAAAGCAUCAAAACACAACAUAUUUAAUAUUUUUAUUAUGAAUUUGCUUGCUUUCCACUACUGAUUGUGUCAUACAUCUCGAUUAGCAUUUAGCAAAACCAAAUUUGUAUCCCAAAUUACCGAACGAAGAGGAUCCUCUGUUGCGCGCUUUAGCACAACAUCAUCUGUUGUGUGAUUUUUCAGGACCCCUACCAUUCGGAAUUUCGGCGCUCCUCACAAACCCCUACAUUUUCAAUGGAGAACGAAGGAAGUAGCGGCAACAGCACUGAAGCCUCUCCAUCUCAACCGCUACAGUCUCUCUCCAUUUCGCCUCAACCGCAGUUGAGUUUGAAGGAGAGGUUCGAUUUAAUAAGGAGCAUCGGCGAGGAGUGCAUACAGGAGGAUGAAUUGGAGAGAUUAUUGGCGAACAAGCCUCAGAUUGUCUGCUAUGAUGGAUUUGAACCAUCGGGCAGAAUGCAUAUUGCUCAGGGAGUUAUGAAGGCAAUUAAUGUCAACAAACUGACUUCUGCCGGAUGCAUAGUGAAGAUAUGGAUUGCAGAUUGGUUUGCACAGCUGAACAACAAAAUGGGCGGUGACUUAAAAAAAAUUCAAGUGAUAGGGCAAUACCUGAUUGAGAUUUGGAAAGCUGUAGGAAUGAAUAUUCAAGGAGGUCAGGUAGAAUUUCUGUGGUCUUCUGAUGAGAUCAAUUCCCGUGCUCAUGAGUACUGGCCCCUUGUAAUGGACAUAGCCAGGAGAAACAAGUUACCUAGGGUUCUGAGGUGCUGUCAAAUUAUGGGCCGCUCAGAGCAAGAUGAAUUGUCAGCAGCCCAGAUAUUCUAUCCAUGCAUGCAAUGUGCUGAUAUAUUCUUUCUUAAGGCUGACAUCUGCCAGUUGGGUAUGGAUCAACGCAAAGUGAAUAUGUUGGCUAGGGAGUAUUGUGAUGACAUCAAAAGAAAAAACAAGCCUAUUAUACUGUCUCAUCAUAUGCUCCCUGGUCUGCAGGAAGGACAGGAGAAGAUGUCAAAGAGCGACCCAUCUUCUUCUAUCUUCAUGGAGGAUGAAGAGGCUGAUGUAAAUUUGAAGAUAAAGAAAGCUUUCUGCCCCCCAAAAAUGGUCGAAAAGAACCCAUGCCUGGAGUACAUCAAAUACAUUGUUAUCCCAUGGUUCAAUGAGUUCACAGUUGAGCGAAAACCAGAGAAUGGGGGUGAUAAGACUUUCAAGAGUUUUGAAGAUUUAGUUGUUGACUACGAAAGUGGAGAGCUGCAUCCUGGUGAUCUCAAACCUGCUCUUGCAAAAGCACUAAACCGGAUACUGCAGCCAGUACGUGAUCACUUCAAUAAUGAUCCCAAGGCUAAGGAGCUAGUGAAAAGGGUGAAGGUAUGCACAUUUGAUUUCUUUCUCUAAUUUGAAUUGCAUGGAACUGAUGAAAAGCAAAUGUGGAUUGUUAGUCUAUAAAUACUCUCAGUUCAAACUUCAAAUAAUUAACUAAGGCAUCUUUCAGUUAUGAAUAUGAUAUAUAUGAUUGAUGAAAGUUAUUGUAGACGAUGAGCUAAGUAAUUCAAUCCCUAUGGGAUAAUAGACAAUCUACUGUGUAAAAACAAAAAAAAUUAUAUGAUUAAGCUUGCCCCUGUGUUUUGGUUAAGGAAGAACAUACAUAGAAACUUCCGGAUACUUCUGGACACACAUUGUUAGAUGUCCAGGACACAAAGAGAUAAUUUAGGGAAAAAUAAAAAGAAUUUAUUACAUAAGUGACUGAGGGAUAUAUGUUUCAACUCCUGGAACCUGUUUGUUAUAUGUUAGGAACUUGGAGAAGUGGUGAUGAAUGGAAAUAAUCUCACUCCUUGAAUAAUUCAGAAGUGACCUCUCAACACCUUUUGAAUCUUAUAUACACUCUGAUUGUUAUAUUGAUAUGAUAAUUGAAAUAUCAUAGGUAUCUGAAAUUUAUAUUUAUACCGUAAUUUAAACUCCAUUGCUUCUGUUCUUUUUUGUGUUUAUUCCCUGUUAAUUUUACUAUUCAUGUUUAUUAUGCCUUAUUUUUUGUAUAAUAUUUUGCAUAUAUGCUCUCUGCACUGCAGGGUUACAAGGUAACCAGAUGAUGUCUAAUGAAAGCAAAACUACAGACACUCUUCCGAUAGGAGAUUGCAAACUUUUGGUCUUAUUAUCACAAUAGCAACUGUAUUACUUUUUUGGGAUUGGUAUUACUUUUUGAUGUUGAGAUUCUUGUUAUUGUCCAGCAGACAUAUUUAUUUGAGCACCUAUUUAUUUGAGUAGAAAUGUAGUACUCCAGCCAUGGGAUUAUGUAGCUAUUAAUAUGCUUCUGAAUCGGAAUUUAAAUUAGGAUCAA